CAUAUUUCUUUUUCUAUUUAUUUUCUGUAAAUUUAUCUUUUAAAACUAAAAUAUGAUUUUUUAAUAAAAUGCCUUAGAAAGAAAAAAAUGGAUGUUCAUAGCAUUUACAUCCCUUUCCAAUCAGCCUGUUAAGCGAACAAUUGUACAAUAUUUCUCUUUGAAAUUAAUUCAUCACAAAAAAAUUACAGAGUUUGAAGCAAAGUGGUUAUUUUGCUUGAUGGGUGCAUGCUUCACAAGAACUUGGAAAUAGCUGAGAUGGCAUUUAGCAAGCUGAUAGUUUUGGAGCCGAGGAAUAGUGGGUACUAUUCCCUUUUGAUUAGCAUGUAUGCAGGAGAAAACGGGUGGAGAGAUGUUGCAGAGGUUAGAGGAAGGAUGAUAGAGUUGGGUAUAGAAAAGAUAUGUCCUGGGGCAAGUUGGAUUCAGUUAGAUGAACGGGUCCAUUUGUUUGCUGCAGCUGAUACAUCUCACUCUACUUCAGAUGAAGUUUACUUGCUACUUGAUGAAAUAUAUAAACAUAUGAGAUUAGCGCAGGAACUGAGUAUGCAUAUUAAGAGUUACUAAAGAGCUACUCAUCUAUAUUGUUGCUUCAUAUUGGUCAAACACUAUGCUAAAGGAUCAAUAGCUGAGUGUCUCAAGCCGAUUUCAAUUGCAGGUAAUCCUAUGUGUUUGGUAUAUCUUUUAUGCUCAUUUUCCGUCUCACACUAUUCACCAUCUCCCACAUCCCAGCGUCAGUAUAUAUAUUAGAAAGCAAGAGGUAGACGCUUGAUUCAAUGGAUCCCACGGAUAAGAGCUUCUUUGUGAUUUCUUCUGCUAAGUCGACAUUUUUAUGGAUUCUACAAGCAUACAAAAGAACUUCCCAAGCAUUGGCUAUUACUCAUAUAUCUUUAGAAAACCAUGGGAAUGUAGUGCAUGUGUUAAAACACCAUUACAUGUCUUAUGAUAGGAUGUGUUUCCUCCAUUCUCCUUGAAAGAUUCCCUCAAAGGCUAAGAUCGCAUGACGACUCCAAAAGUUUGAUAGUAGAAGGAUAAUUAACAUUGUCAUGUAAAUAUAGAAACGUUUUUGCAAUGUUGAUAGAGUGCGGAAGCGGUAUGAGUCAAAUAUCUAGGGUUUGAUCUCGAACUCAGGUGACUUGUCGACAAAUGUAGUUUCGUUAACAAAGAUAAGGACGUGAAAACUCUUUGUAGUGCUCGUUAAAGCUCUUAGGAUCGCGAAUACUCUUUGCAGUGCUUAUGAAAGCUCUUAAGAAAACUCUAUAUCUUAUUAAAAUCCAAGGUAUCUUGCACAAAGCCAUUGAUGCCCUAUUUAUAACAAUCUCAUAUUCCUAAUAAGCUUAUCGUAAGGAUAAGUAAUUAUUCUAAAAAUAAAAGGAAAACCAACAUAGUAGUAAAAUAGAAAAAGUCCUAAUACUUUGUAAUAAAGGAAGAGGACGUCAGAUAAGGCUACGCUACAUCAGAUCCCCCGGGGUGCGAAGGAUUCGCCCACGAAUCCGGGAGGUCAUUGUCGCCAUGAAAAGGAGACAAAUGUUUGAUGUUAAAGACGUUUGUAGUACGCAGAUUAGGAGGUAAUUUGAUACGAUAGGCAUUAGGGUUGAUGCGCUCAAGGACCUCGACCAGACCAAUCUUUUUUUACUUUAGUUUGUUGUAUUCACGCAAUGGCAGACGCUCCUUCGUUAAGUACACCCAAACGAGAUCCCCGGGUUCGAAUAUAAGCUAUCUCCGCUUUGCGUCUGCUGCUAUCUUGUACUUUGUUGCUGCAGCUUCUAAAUGAGACUGAGUCACCUUAUGGAUGUCCUGAAAAUCGGUGAUAAAGUCGACAGCUUCACCAUGAAGACGCGUUUUGUCCGGGGUAGUGGCGAAAUUCAGAGGACCAAGAGGAACAAGGCCAAAACAAACUCGAAAAUGAGACAAACCCGUACUGCGAUUGGACGAGUGAUUAUGAACAAAUUCGGCCUGGUAGAGCUUAGUGUCCCAUGUCUUAAUGUUAUCACAAGGCAACGUAGGAGAUUACCAAUCAAGCAAACUAAAACACGUGCUUUUGUAAUAACACAAAAAAUGAAUCACGUGCUUAUUGUUUUUUUUUUGUGUUGCCAUGUUUAUGAGUUAUGAAUUUCGGUGAAAUUUCAGGAUUGGGCCGAGUUACGUACUGAUUCAUGUCCACACUGUUGUCUCUCUGUAUUUAAUACGUGCGUCCGCACCUACCCAACGCAUGUCUUCGUUUAUUUGGUCGUGACUUUCAGAGUUAAAGACUGAAUCAAACUUGUGACAUGAAUUUUUUUCUAUGAAGAUUAUUCGCUUUAUGAGGCAGUUGAAAACUUCCAACUUCCUUGGCUUAGUGGAUUCGGUUUUUAAGGUGAUAUCAUGUCGUCUUGACCUCCAAAACCGAAUGUGAAUCGUCGUCAUGUAGCGUUUAAAUAUUGACAAACCAAGAAACGAUAGUUGAAUUCAUCAUUUUUUUAAACUGAUUAAUUUGACCUUUAACCGGUUGAUUUCUGGUUAAUUAACCAACAUUUAGCAGACUCAGCGCUAGUAAAUCUCCAAAACCAAACUAUAAUCAAAGAUCAAUAAGUACAAAACCAUCUAUUUUCAAGUACAUUUUUCAUCUAAACUUUUUUUUUUUGAAACACUCCUGAAGAUUACUUAUUAACGGUAACCGGUAUAGUAAUUUUGAUUAUCAUGUUUUGAAUGUUUACUUGUGAAUUUGUGAUAUACGUUGCGGUCCAAGGCAAAAACCGUGUUAUGUCUUAACUUGUUUGAUCAAUUCCUAUUGUUUAAGUUCAAAUGUUGAAAACCAAGUCUUUCCUAGUAAAAGUCAAGCCACGAGAAUAUCUCAGUAGGACCAAAAGUCACACAAAGCUACCAGUUUACCAAUCAACCAACACCAUUAUCGACAACCUUAUAUAUAGGUCAUUAUCAAAACUAAAUAUGAUACAAAACAAACAAGGAGUAAAGCCAUACAACAACUUUUACGUGCCAAGACAAAAAGAAGAAAUUCUUACUUUUAAUAUACAAAGAAACAAGAGAGGAAUGAUGAUGAAGAGACAAAUGAUACUUGGAGUGAUUCUGCUUGGAUUCUUGGUGAUUUUCUUGGGCACCACACAAGUGGAAGCGGCUAGGCCGUUGCGAACCAGCGGUGAGAUUCAAUACGUGUUCCAGUUCCUGCAAAGAGGUCCGGUGCCGCCGUCAGAUCGAAACGGAUGUACCCACAUUCCGAGACAGGGAGGUUCGUGCCGCGGCUGAGCAGUCACCUUAGUCAGAUUAUACAUCCUGGUUACAUUUUUUUUUCAAAUUUAAGGUAGUUAAUGUAAUAAACACAACAAUGGUUUUGUGUAUUGGUUCUAUAUUUAAAGCAGUUAGCAACUUCAAAAGCAAAUGUAUGUAUUCAUUAACUUCAUAAAAGCUGCAAAAAGCUAGUUGAUAAGAUUAAUUAUUCUUUUAUUUGUUAAGGAACUACAUGUAUAACCAUUUUGGUUUAUAAUUAUAAUAUUAUUUUUUAUCUUUACGCAUCUCUCUGAUCAUCUUCAUAAACUGUAAGCCCGGGUUAUAAUAUCGACCAUCAUGGAAUUGUGAUUCUUAACAUUUGACGUACGAGGAUAGCUGUUGCCUCAGUUGUUAAUUUCGACUAUAGGCUUCUUCCAUAUCUAAAUUUAAAUCACAAGUCACAACAUAUAUUUAAUAUCAUUCUUUUCGUUGCGAUUUUGAAUCUUUGAUCAUAGUUAAUCAAACGAUUCAAGUAGAAAGAGAAUAAAUACUUAAACCAUUAGAUUAGAAAAUGGUUCGAAUGUCAAAUCUAAAAUGGUUUCGAUACGUAAAUUUUGUUGUAUAGCAGUUUAGUUUUGCAUGGGGUUUUAUUAAUGACACUUAUGCAUGGGAUUUUAUUGAUGACACUUAUAUACAGAGAGAGAGUUUUUCGGUUAACACCUCAUGAGUCAUGGCUUGACUUCUGUGUUUUGUGCUCGCUAUCUUAUGUAUAUGAUCUUUGACUUUGA